AGAAUUCUUUGAUGGUUUGUUUGAGCAAAAAACAUUUUAAAGAAAGAAAAUCAGAAGAGGAUAAGAAUGGCCUAUCAGAUUUUGUCAAAAUAUCAACAGAAUUUUACGCGUCUAGGAAUAGUCUGUGUUGACGAGAUAAAAGCAGUGUUUAAAGACAGUUUUGAGAGUCAAAUCAAGCCGGUAGAUCUUUACAAUGCCAUUAAUUCGUGUCCACAGCUAAACACUGGAAAGGACAAACUAAACCUCUUUCAGCUUAAAAUUUGUUAUAUAUCUCCGCCACAAGUUCCUGACUAUGACAUGUUCGACGUUUCGCUGCUUUAUAAACUGAUACGAAAUCUUUGUCCAAAUUUAACACCGACAAAAGGAUGGGGAAAAACACCGGACUCAAAUCAUUUGCGAAUUGGAGAUGACAUUGAGCGCUUCAGGGAUAUCCGAAACAAGAUGUUUGCGCAUCUAAAAUCUUCGGAAGUUCCUGAUAACAUAUUCGUUCAAUUCUGGAAAGAGCUGCAAGGAAGCUUUCAUAGAGCUCAAAAGUUUAUAACGUCAUUUGGAUAUAGCGUUAACUAUAAGGAAAACCUCAAAUACAUUGAGAAACUUGAUUUGGGUUGCGAAGACUUGAAACGAUACAAAUUUCAAAUGGAAUUUCUGAUGAUGUUGAGGAAUCAAUCACAAAAUACAGAUGUUCCAAAGAUAAAAGUAAAUGGAAAUACCAAAGUUAACUGUGGAGAUGAUGCGCGUUUUCAGGCCUUGACAGAACAUUGUCCUAGCAAUCAUAACUGGCCAAUUACUUGGGAAAUAGAAAAAGGGAGUGAAAUUAAAGUCAUUGAUAUAAAGAAAGAGAAGUACAGGGGCAGUUCCAGCACAGAAUUAGUUAUAAGGAAAGUUGUAAAAGAAGAUGCCGGCGAAUAUCGGGCAGUCAUAUCGCGAGAGUUAGAUGGAGAACAUUUUAAGAUUUUGAGUAACAUUCUCAAACUAGAUGCCUUAGGAGAUCUUCCAAAACUUGAAAUUUCUCAGGCAACUUCAGCGAAAAAUUGUGUCAUCAUUCAUUACAGUUGUUGCGUUCAAAAUACUUCAAAUUGCCUAAAUUCAAUCCAAUGGACUCGAAAUGGAGACCUUUUGAUGAUAAAAACAGCAAAGUACAAUGGAGGUGGUCUUACAGACAAAUAUCUGAAAAUUUUCUCACCAACUGAAGAAGACAGUGGUCAAUACAGAUGUAAACUGUCAAAUGCUGUGGGCUCCGACGAAAAGUGCAUAGUUCUUGAUCUUCCUUCUGUGUUUACAAAUCAUGAUACAGAUUUUUCCGAACACAGAGUUACACUGAUAUGCAAAGUGUUAGUCACUGAGGGAUCUCCAGAUGUAGAAAAGGUUGUAUGGACUAAAGAGAAAAAGCAAAUCGAUAUUUUGGGAAGCGGAGGAAAAUAUACCGGUGGAAACGAAACUUAUCCUUCGCUAGUUAUACACGGAGUGAAUUCUAACGACGCUGGAGAAUAUCAGUGUCGAGUUUCUAAUGCAGUGGGAGAUACAUAUAGCAAUCCGAUUCAUUUAGGUCUGCCGCAUAUUGAAAAAGAUAUUACAUGCUCAGAGGAAGAUGGCGAAAAUCUUCUUACUUGUAAAAUUACCGUGAAAUCCAUACCGGAGGCAAAAGCAGCUGAAUGGAGAGUUCAACAAGCCCCGGAAGAUGUUUUUCAAGCCAUCAAUAUUCAUGAAUCAACAUUUAGAGGUUCUACAGUUUCUUUACCACAUCCAAUCCUGAAUGUGCAUGGAUUUAAUCCAGAACUGCAGCGUCUGAUUCAAUUCACAGCGACUAAUUUCAUUGGUGAAAAGACAACAGUUAUUCAAAGCGAAAAAUAUCCAAAAGAAGAUGCUGUAAUGAAAGAAACUGAUUCCCAUAUAAGUAAAUAUGCAAACGGAAGUGCUGCUGUCCUCUUUGCCAAUCUAAGAUACGAUCUUAUAGAAUUAUUUCCACAAGAUAAGAUAGAAAACAUCAAAUGUUUACUUCACGAACUUAAUUAUGUAGACGAAUUAAUUCAGGGACUUUACAACAGUGAAAUCUUAAUUUAA